UCCAUCCUCCAUGUUUUGUGCUCCAUUCAGCCACUGUCUUGUGAAAUGUAGUUUAGAAUUUUACCUCUGUUUCCAUUCGGAUUGUGCGUAAUUUGUGAUUUCAUUAUCAUAAUUUUGACUUUGUGCAUUUGUUUUGUAUCAAAUACGUAAAAAUGUCGUUCCCGUGGAGAUCUCGUUCGGAAGUAUUGAUUUCUGGAAAAUACAAGGUGUCGAAAAAGAUCGGUGGUGGAUCGUUCGGUGAUAUAUAUUUGGCUAUCAACAUCGGAACUGGCGAGGAGGUGGCAGUGAAAGUCGAAUCUACAAAGGCCCGACACCCCCAGCUUCUCUAUGAGAGCAGAGUGUAUAAAAUGCUCCAAGGGGGUGUAGGCAUACCACACAUAAGAUGGUACGGCUACGAGCGCGAAUACAAUAUCCUGGUCAUGGACCUGCUGGGCCCCUCGCUCGAGGACCUCUUCAAUUUCUGCACCCGCCAGUUCACGAUAAAAACCGUUCUAAUGCUUGCAGAUCAAAUGCUGAAUCGCGUCGAGUUCCUCCACUGCAAGUGCUUCAUCCACCGCGACAUCAAGCCGGACAACUUCCUAAUGGGCAUCGGCCGGCACUGCAACAAGCUGUACAUGAUCGACUUUGGACUCGCGAAGAAAUACAGAGACCUUCGCACCCGGGCUCACAUCUCUUACCGCGAAGACAAAAAUCUUACAGGCACGGCGCGCUACGCCUCCAUCAACGCCCACCUCGGCAUAGAGCAAUCGCGCCGGGACGACAUGGAGUCCCUCGGAUACGUGCUCAUGUACUUCAACAGAGGAGCUCUGCCUUGGCAAGGUCUGAAGGCGAUCACGAAAAAGCAGAAGUACGAACGCAUCAGCGAAAAGAAAAUGUCCACUCCCGUUGAAGUUCUGUGUAAGGGCUUCCCGGCCGAGUUCGCCAUGUUUCUCAACUACUGCCGCGGCCUCGCCUUCGACGAGAGCCCUGACUACAUGUAUCUUAGGCAGUUGUUCCGGAUUCUGUUCCGUACGAUGAACUAUCAGUACGACUACACGUUCGACUGGACAAUCCUGCGUCAGCGUAAGCACCACCUGGAGAGCGCAGCCGCCGCCGACCGACGCUCGCCCUCGCUGCAACGCCGCGCCGCGCCCCAGCCGCAGCCGCCGCCCAACAACGAGGUGACUGCACCCGCCGCGCCACGCCACGACAUGCCACGACAAGACACGCCACGACACGACACACUACACGACAACUAGACACCAUGUGAUUACUAUCGAUAGUUAGUUAUAUAUUAACACUAAACCGACCACUACUGCUGGAAUUGGUUGUUUACAAACUUACCAAAUUUAUACAUGUACAAAUGUACACUGUUAUUAAACUAUAAGAUAAAUCUUAGAAUAUGCAUACAAUAUGAAACUUAUUAGACAUUUUUUUCAUUCUUUACGUAUAAUUAUGCAAAAAAAAUUAACUACAUAAUAAUAUAUGCAUUGAAUAAUAAAAUUUCAAAGUCUUUUAAUUAUCGGUCAAUUUAACUAAGCACCGUAGGAAUGAUGCACAAUGACUGUCGGUAGGUUUAGUGUUAACCUAAAAUAUGAAUUUAAUUUAAUGAAAUAGCAAUAUGCUCCACAUUGAUUUUUUAAUUGUUUGAUGAUCAGACACCUCUUGGCAACACUCAAAGUGAGUAACGCGAUACUUUUAUAUGACAAUUAUAGUCUGACGAGCACACGGCUCACUUGUUAUAAAUAGUCACCGU